UUUUGAAAGCUAACCUAACCUCAAACACCGUACUAUGAUGGGUGUAUUUUGUUUAUGAAUUAUUUAGAUAAUAAAUGUGGAGUUUAUAUACACUAUCAAAAUGGAAGUAGAAGGUUAUCCAGGCCUUAUCAAAACUAUCAACGAUGAUGAAGAAGUUGAAGAUUUCUCAGAGGAAUCCGAUGUUGAGGAAGAAUAUCAACCCACAAAACAAAAGGUGAAAAGGAAAGCAGACUUCGACCCACAAUUUAAGUUUGUGUCUUCGGUCGAAGAAUACAACAAGGAUCCAUGGGAUGAUUUACAAAAGUAUGUGAGGAGAAAUGUAAAGAGGACACUCGAUCAAAAGAUAGAACUUAAAAGAGCCGAAGCCAAAGUAAGAGGCAAUGUUGAUGUGGACACUGAUUCAGAGGCUGAAGCAAAGGAUGUGGAUGUGGAUGAAUUGGAAAUAUCGGACGAUGAACUGAAGAAAGAUGAAAUCAAGACAAAAGAGAAGAAACUGACUAAGAAGCAAAAACAGAAACAGGAACUAGAAGACGAAGAAAAAGAAGGAACCCGAAUUGAAUGCGAUGAAGACUUCUUCGAAGAACCUCCAGCGUAUGACGAGCAAGCAUCCUUUUACAUGAUGAACCUCUCACGUCCAUUACUUAAAGCUAUUGGAACCCUCAAUUACGUUCACCCCACACCUAUACAAGCUGCUACGAUACCCAUUGCUUUAUUAGGCAAAGACAUAUGCGCGUGCGCAGCCACCGGUACGGGUAAGACUGCGGCCUACAUGCUGCCCAUACUAGAGCGGCUGCUGUACAAGGCGGUGUCGGAGCGCGUCACACGAGUGCUCGUGUUGGUGCCCACGCGUGAGCUGGGAGCGCAAGUACAUACAGUUACUCGUCAGCUUUCCCAGAAUACGACAGUCACUAUUGGAUUGUCCGUCGGAGGACUGGAUGUCAAAUAUCAGGAAAGCGUUCUACGUCGCAACCCGGACAUUGUAAUAGCAACUCCGGGACGUCUUAUAGACCACAUACGGAACACGCCGUCCUUUGGACUGCAUUCCAUCGAGGUCCUCGUGCUUGACGAGGCUGAUAGAAUGCUCGACGAGUACUUUGCAGAACAGAUGAAGGAAAUUAUCCGUCAGUGUUCACCGAAACGACAGACCAUGCUGUUCUCGGCCACCAUGAGUGAGGAGGUGAAGGACUUGGCAGCGGUGUCACUCAAUAAACCGGUCAAAUUGUUCCUGGACUCGAAUAAGGAUGUCGCUUUCAAUUUAAGACAAGAGUUUGUGAGGAUCCGCAAAGAGCGCGAAUCGGACCGAGAGGCGAUCCUGGCGGCGCUGGUGUGCCGCACGUUCCGCGACCGAGCCGUCAUCUUCGUGCAGACCAAGAAGCAGGCGCACCGCCUGCACGUCGCGCUCGGCCUGCUGGGGGUCAAGGUGGCCGAAUUACACGGAGCUCUCAACCAGCCGCAGCGCUUGGACUCGCUGAAGCGCUUCAAAGACGAGCUCGUGGAUGUGUUGGUGGCCACCGACGUCGCCGCCCGAGGGCUCGACAUCCCGGGCGUCAAAACGGUUCUCAAUUUCACGCUGCCCGCUACUUUGGAGCACUAUAUCCACAGAGUGGGGCGCACGGCGCGCGCGGGCCGCGCGGGCGUGUCGGUGUCGCUGGCGGGCGAGGCGGAGCGCGCGCUCGUCAAGGCCAUCGUGCGCCGCGCGCGCCGCCCCGUCAAGAGCCGCCAGGUGCCGCCCGACAUCGUCGCCAAGUACCGCCACAAGCUCGAGCGCCUCGAGACCGAGAUCGCUACGAUCUUGGAUGAGGAAUACGCUGAGAAGCAACUCAAGAAGAUGGAAAAACAAACGGCUAAACUAGAAGGCUCGAUCAAGAAGGAAGAAGGACCAAUCGGUCCAAAGUUUGAAACCCAGCGGCAGCAUGACUGGUUCCAGACUCCUAAACAGAAACGAGAGGAGAAAGAGAGGCUCGCUCUGACACUGCAUCCCGGCAAAGGUGGGCAAUUACAAAAAGGCAAAGGCAAGAAACGUAAGAAUGAUGACGAUUCCGACGAUGAUAUUAACAAGAAAAAGAAGAAGAAGGUAACAAAACAUGCCCCCAAGGACACAGCUGAGGAGAGAGUCAGGAGGGAAAUGGAAAAGGUAGCGUUAUUACAAUCAAGAAUGGUUAAACGCAAGAAGAAGUUGCGAAGGAUACGUACUAUGGAAGACGACGACGACAGACCAGCUCCAAAUAAGAACAAACAGUCUAAAAAACGAAAGAAACAAACGAACUUCGCUAGUGAAUUCACAGAUACGUCUAAAGCCUCUACUAAACGUCUACGUUACGAUGCGAAUAGAGUCCAGAAAGGUAAACCCUUGCAGAACGGUAAAGGGAAACCUGUGAAGGGUAAACCCAAGGGGAAAACAUUUGGUAAACCGAAGGGACCAAAACAAGGUGCUCGUAAGAAAAAUAAAUAAAGAAUUUUGAAGAUUUA